AUGAACCCAAGCAGCAACGACAAGAAGAGGAACCUGCCCGCGUACGCAGAUGAGAAUGGCUACAAUGUGUCUCGGGCCGGUGCAGCGGUGAACGUGCCACCGGUGAACGUGCCAUCGGUGAACGUGCCAUCGGUGAACGUGCCAUCGGUGAACGUGCCAUCGGUGAACGUAGCGUUGGCGAACGUCCCACCCGUUACCGCCCCUUCGGCUAACGUUCCCACCCCCCCCGCAGUGACAAUGCACAAUCCGUACUUCUACCCGGGGGCGCUGAUCCCGCAGUUCCCCUUUAACACCCCCAUGUAUCAGCAGCCCAUGAGCUACGGCAACAUGAUGCCUUACACCGACUACGGCUAUGUUAAUAGGCGAUCCAUGAAGAAGAAAAAAAAUCAUCACCAUUAUUCGCGCCAGCGAAAUAGCGGCCUGUCUAUCCUGAAGGAGGCGAUUGUGGACCCCUGGGCCCAGGAGUACGGCAAAUACCCCAACAUCAUUUUUGAUUGA